AUGUCCUUUACCUUCAAGUGGCCCCGUUUCUCCGACCAGUUUCACGCCGAUGCCAUCCAGAUGCUCACCGCCGCCCUCAACAAGGGCAACAAGCCACCUGUCAUAGCCGACAAGAUAGAGGUCGUCGAGCUUGAGAUGGGUACCCAACCACCAGAACUCGAGAUUAGAGACAUCGGCGAGCUUACUGUGGACCAGUUCCGAGGUAUCUUCCGCCUCACUUACUCCGGCGAUGCACACAUAGUCCUCCGGACAAAGGUCCAGGCGAAUCCACUCAACCACAAACAACCCGAUAUCCACCUCAUGGGCGGCUCGAGAGGCAUGCUCGCAGCCAAGCAGCCGCUCGUCGUCCCCAUGCUCCUCCGCCUCUCCGGCUUCAAGCUCAACUCCUACGUCGUCCUCGUCGUCUCCCGCCAGAAGGGCAUCACCCUCGUCUUCAAGACGGACCCGCUCCAGAACGUCGACAUCAACAGCACGUUCGACUCCAUCGCCGUCAUCCAGAAGUUCAUCCAGCGCGAGAUCGAGGGGCAGCUCCGCCAGAUGUUCAGGGAGGAUCUGCCGGGCAUCAUACAUCGCCUCAGCCAGCAGUGGGUCAAGGCCAAGGUCGAGGCGCCGUACCUCGCCAAGCGUCCGAGCCCGAGUGUCCGCCAGCGGCAGCGCGAGCGCGAGCGCGACCUCGACUCGAUGUCGACGAUGUCCAAUGCGCCGUCGUACUACUCCUCGUACACCCCGUCCUUCCCGCCCGUAGGUCUGCAGCCGAGUCUGCUGCCGCGGUCAUCGCCCGCGACACUCCACUUUUCUGCGCGUCCUCGUACGGCGUCGGUGGUGUCUAGUUUCAGUGCGAAUCGCAGACAAACACCAUCUGUUGUCUCUUCGCCUGCCUCUACGACACCGAUGCCGACCGUGACCCCCGAUAGCGCGACGUCUUCGUUCCCGGACAUUGAAAACUUCGACCCAACAUACGGCCUACGUCCCGAGGGGCUACCGAAGAAAAGUGUGUUCAGCGGAUUUCGGAGUCUCUUCGCACCAAGCAAGGGUUUGGCAGACCUCGCCGAGGAACCGAGCGACAUCGACGAUUCCGUGGACGAGACGGGAUCGCUCGGGACUGGCCAGUGGGACGACUUUCUUUCAGACUACGAUCCCCCGCCAUCUGUGGCAGAGCCAGAACUUGAGGACGAGGACGAGAUGGAGUACGAGACUGUCCCUGCCGUUGGAGGUGGCACGAUCACCCGUCCGCGGGUGUACCAUUCACAGUCGCAGAUCCUCUCCCAAAUGGGGGACUCUCCGCCAGGAGGGCCGUCAAGACCUGCGCCAAGCGUGCGCUCGAGCACGAGUCGUCCUGCCGUGCGACCUCCACCCUUGAGCAUCCCUUCGUCGUCUCGCCAUGGACCCAACUACAAUCCGUACUUUGCUGGUACGACGCCCUUCACCAGCAGGACACCGUCAAGACUGGGUAUGGAGUCUUGGCGCGAAGACACCAUGAACGCGAGCCAGUCAUUCUCCAGCCUACCUCCGGUUCCACCACUCUAUCGCUCUCCCCCGCUACGCCCGGGAAGCCCCUCGAGCCGUCUCUCUAGCGACAUGACGCACUCUGUCCCGACGCCGCCCCCAUCCGAGGGCGAAGCAGGCAUCCGCGCCCCACGCCCGCGGCGGCUAUCAGCCACCUCGUCCACUCUAGAUAGAUUUCAGCCUAGUUCUCCUAUGGAUUCCGACUUUACAGACCACGACCCGAAAAUCGUCCUUCGCCCCACGGUCAACAACUCUAUUUCGAAGCUCUCCACACUCUCCAACUCGAACCACACCCUCUCGCCGUACACCCGCACGCUCGAGCACUUUACCGUCCGCAGCGUCCCGCCCCGUGAUGCGUCGUCCAUUGGGCCCGUGUCGAGCGUCGAGAAACAGCCUGUCAGGGCCAAGCGGAAGCGCAUGUAUCGUCUUGGCGGCAGGCCCGCGCAGCCGCCGGGCGCUGGCGACGCUGGUGCUGCAGGCCCGCCGUCGUCGUCGCCGCGGCCGGUGUCCGAAUUUGAUGCGUCCGAGAUGGACCGCUACUUCCGCUCGAACGAUGAUCUUCUGCCCCGCUACCCCGAUCACAUCGCGCUACCAAACGCGCGCCGCCGCGUCCCGUAUCAAUCGUAA